AUUUAUUAAAAGAAACCCUAGCCCGCGGCGGAUUCCGGCGUUCUUCUUCUUGCUCCCCGUUUCCAUUCGCUGUUACAUUUCUCGCUCCGCCUCCGUUAACCACGAGCAGCGAUCAUGUCGGAUGAAGAGCAUCAUUUCGAGUCCAAGGCCGACGCUGGAGCGUCCAAGACCUACCCGCAACAGGCUGGGACGAUCCGGAAGAAUGGGUACAUCGUGAUCAAGGGGAGACCAUGCAAGGUUGUUGAAGUUUCAACCUCCAAGACUGGGAAGCAUGGCCACGCAAAAUGUCACUUUGUUGCCAUAGACAUCUUUAAUGCAAAAAAACUUGAGGAUAUCGUGCCAUCCUCCCACAACUGUGAUGUUCCUCAUGUUACUCGCACUGAUUAUCAACUGAUCGACAUAUCUGAAGAUGGUUUUGUGAGUCUUUUGACUGAGAGUGGCAACACCAAAGAUGAUCUGAAACUCCCAACUGAUGAAAAUUUGCUCGCUCAGCUCAAGGAUGGGUUUGCUGAGGGGAAGGAUCUGGUUGUUACUGUGAUGUCUGCAAUGGGUGAAGAACAGAUCUGUGCUCUGAAGGACAUUGGCCCCAAGUAGUUUCUUGCACGCUGAUUUUUAUGCAAGCGACUCUGUAAGAGAUGUAACGGAGAUUCUUCGGUCUUGAAAGAAUACUACAUGGUUUGCUCUUUCUUUUACUGCCUUGCCUCUGUAGCGAAAGAGAAACUCCUGCUUUUGGUACUUCGAUUGGUAUUUCUGUACUUGGUUCAAAACUGUUUUCUUUAAUCCAAGUCCUCUGAACCGAGCAUUUGUAGAAACAAUUAUGUCAUCACUUAUUGUUUCUAAUAGUUUACGUUUAGCAAUCUUUUUAAU